UUUCCCCGGGACGAAGGACACGCCGGAGCCGGACCUCCAUGUGGGCCGGACCUGGGCAGAACCAUGACUGGAACUGGGUUCUAUUCUUGGUACAGGAGCGGCUGAGUGUCCGAGGGUCAGAAUCCAGGAUGUCGUACGCCGAAACAACCGCCUGCAGAAUUGUUUGUGUUAAUAAAAGGGACAUGGAACGGACCGGACCCAGAUGAAGACCAACCGCUCGCUUGGACGCUGACUUACACUGAUGUUCUGGUGCCUUCACAUUUCCAUGGUAACGUGGCCUUCAGCCUGGCAAAUCCAGGAUUUAUACCGGUAGAGAGCUGCAGCCUUAAACACUCAGAUUAAAUAGUUUUGAUGUGGCGUUGAAGAAUCAGUGAGCUUCGGUUCCUCCGACAGAAACACGAGUCAUUUCCUGGAGGAUAAUUAGGCUCCAGGGUCGAGGACAAGCCAUACCAGACGUGGUGGUACUCCAGUUUACCUCAGUCCUGGACCAUGUCUUCCUGGAGGAGGACGUGAGUUGCUGACACAGCGGAGGGUCGUCAUGGCGGUGGGUAAGGUGACUUUCACCAAAGCGGAGAGGGAGAAGCUAGCUGAGGUCCUCUGGCUGCUCAACUGGAUCUCCGUGGUGACGGGAACCAUCCUCUUCGGCCUCGGCUUGUUCCUCCGGGUGGAGAUCCAGAAGUGGCAGGAAGUGAUGUCAGAAGAGGGCAUCAUGUACGUGCCACACAUGCUGAUCAUCACAGGCCUGGCCGCCUGCGCCAUCAACUUCCUGGGCGCUAAGAUCUGCCUGGACUGCACCGACACCAACAAGUUCCUGCGCUGGAAGCUGGUCAUGAUGCCCUACGUUGCCUGCAGCUUCUUCUUCACCGCCUGCGUCCUGGCGGGGGCGCUCACCUGCUACAGCAUCCGCGGCCAGUUGGAGGAGUCCCUGUUCCUGGGUCUGAGGAGCAGCAUGCGCUACUACAAGGACACGGACACCCCGGGCCGCUGCUACCUGAAGAGGACUCUGGACCUGCUGCAGAUCCAGUUCCAGUGCUGCGGGAACACCGGAUACCGGGACUGGUUCCAGGUCCAGUGGAUCAGCAGUCGCUAUCUAGACAUGAGCAGCAGCGCUGUACUGGAUCGACUGAGGAGUAACGUGGAGGGGAGGUACCUGAUGGACGGUGUUCCCUUCAGCUGCUGCAGCACCCUCUCCCCUCGGCCCUGCGUCCAGCAGCAGCUCAGCGACCCGCUGCUCCACUACAACAAUGACAAGCAGAGCCAACAGCAGAACCUGUGGAGGAAGGGCUGUCGGCAGGCGCUGCUGGACCACUACACCUCCAUCCUGCAGUCCAUCGGCCUCACUGUCCUCCUGAUCUGGCUCUUUGAGCUGCUGGUUCUGACUGGAGUCCGGUACCUGCAGACAGCCAUGGAGAACGUUCUCCGGCUGGGGGAUCCGGACUCCGACUCCGAGGGUUGGAUUCUGGAGAACAGUCUGGCAGAAACGGCCCGCUACAACCUCAACAUAAUCAAGAACCUGGGGAAGUGCUACCAAGUGGAUGAAGACCCCAACAUCAACAUCCCGACGGCGGCUGCAGAGCAGGAGGUGCCGCCCCGGCAGCAGGUCCAGAUCCCAGUGUCCAGCUAGCGUCCAGCAGAACCAGGCCUCACACUGGGACCACAGCUGGAGAGAGGCCAUGGAGUCUUCAUCACAAAGAGGAGAACGGACGCUCAGUCGAGUGGAACGGAUGUGUUCGAGUCCAGCUGAUGGACCUCCAACCAGUCUUGCCUUCAGAAAACGGGUUUAAGUUCUGUUGCUUCUGAAACCAGCCUCUUGUGUUCAGGAAUGUUCUGACAGAGAAGCUGGGGAACGUCACAAAACUACACCUCCGCCGAUGCUUUCAAAGCUCUGAAUGUCUAACAAAUAAAUACAAAUAAAAUUAACUCAGUUCACCAGAACAACAAAGUACAAGAACAAUGGAGGACAGUGAUGGUGAUGAGAUACCUAUCACUAAUAGCUGAGGGUUGAUCUGAAGAAAGGAAGGAGAAGAAGAGGGGAGAAGGACACUCUCCAUCUAGCAGGAGAGUGUGAGCAGGGAUGGUGAAGACGACCUCAGAGGUGGAACAGACCGAGAACCUGCAGUCCAGACUGAGUUUGGAGGCGAAUCAUCAUUCAUGUUUGAUUUUCAUCAAAUGAGACCUGGUGGGCAGGUAGUCCAGUCUGAGUUGUCUUUUCAGAGCCAGAAGGGGUCAGCCUGGACUUCAGGAGGGUUCUUCUGCUGAAUGAAUGAGAACAAAGCGGUUAGAGGUCCGUCUGCAGCCUUGCGGUCCUGCAGGAAACACAACUCCAGAGUUAACUGGGAUGAUUCACAAA